AUGCAGAAAAAACGGAAAGCCCUCAAAUCUCGUGGUACCGACUGCACACAGAUCCGAAGUCUGUUUCCAGAUGCCCCCAGUGGAGUCUACGUAAUCCAGCCUAAGGGAGUCAAUACCAGCUUCAAGGUGUACUGUGAGAUGAACUCAGGUGGAGGCUGGACGGUGUUUCAGAGGCGCAGUGGAGGCUCUGUGUCUUUCGACAGAAAAUGGGCAGCAUAUAAGAACGGAUUUGGAAACCUGACACAGGAUCACUGGCUGGGUCUGAGGAAGGUUUUCGCAUUGACAAGGAACCAAUCCAAGAAGUGGAUCUUGAGGGUGGACCUGUGGGACCACGAAGGUGGCACUGCUUUUGCCGAGUACAAGAACUUCAGACUGGGAAAUGAGAAAACAGCUUUCAAACUCCACGUUGGGAAAUACAGCGGAGAUGCAGGUGACGCCAUCCGUGGAGCCUAUCAGGGUAUUGACCAGAACGGCUACGGCUUCAGCACCGUCGACCGCGACAAUGACGGCUGCUCCCCGUGCCUCUUCGGAGACAUUGCUGAAACAAAGUGCUCCCUUUCGGAAGGAGGCGGUUGGUGGUACAGCCGGUGCGGCUCUGCCAGUCUCAACGGUCACUGGCACCCUUCUGGAGAACACAUCGGCUGGGCUUCUGGUCUCCACUGGCUCACCUGGAAACCGCCUGCCCCUUACUCAGCCAAAGCCACAAGAAUGAUGAUCAAGUCCAUGUGA